UUCAAGAGCAAGAAACCUCCCAUCGCAUCUAAUGGACUCCCAGGGAAAGGGAGAAAUGCCAACAGUCCACAAAAGAAAACAGACUCAUCAGCCACUGUCAAACGGACAGCAUCAAAUGCUGACCAGUACAAAUAUGGUAAGAACCGUGUAGAAGCGGAUGCCAAGAGGUUGCAGACCAAAGAAGAGGACCUGCUAAGGAAGAAGGAAACUCUGCGUAACCGCCUGGCUCAGCUCCGAAAAGAAAGGAAGGAUCUUAGAGCAGCUAUUGAAGUGAAUGCUGGUAUGAAAAAACUAAAUUUGAUUGCACCUACCUAGAAUGCUGUUGAA